UUCUCUUUGUUUGUUUUCGAAACGGUUUGUGAAUUCCAUAAACUGCGUAAGAAUGAAGUUUCUCUCACUUCCCUCGGACUCUCCUCCUAACCUGAGAUCAGGCCCAAAGGCUCUGAGUUCAGUAACAGUUCUCUUUGAUCGUUUUCGAAACAGUUUGUGAAAUCGAUAUACUGCAUGAGAAUGAAGUUUAUCCUACUUCCCUCGGACUUCUCUCUUUUCUUAACCUGAGAUCAGGCCCAAUUUUAGCAGUUUCCAUACAUUCUCUCUUUCGUGACCGUGGUCUUUCUUCGUUUCGCCUUUCCUUCCAGAAUUUAAUUCAUUUACGAAGCGAAACGAAAAUAGAGCCUGGAGCUUUCAGGUUACUCUGUUCCACGCCUACAGCGUUUUGUCGCUGUUUGUUUGGUCCAAAUGUUUUUUCCUUUGGUUUGUCACACUUGUGCGCAACUUACUUUGCGAAAUGUGUAAAUUUUCUUCGACUUUCUCGGUAAAAAAUAGCAAUUUAUGAGGCGCACAAAUUAUUUUUUCUGGUUUGCGUAUUUUUUCCUCCACCGUCACCGUUUUAGGACGUAAGCGACUAAACGUAUUUUGAGGUGCUAAUCGCGAGCGUCCCUUCGAACUACGCAAUUUUGACCCCAAGUUAACAAACCCGAGGUUACUUUAACUAGUCUUUCGAACAACCGGGUCCAUGGAGAAAAAGAAAUUACGGGAGAGGGGGUGAAAAUCGCAGGCAAGAGAAUUGGUAUUUUCUUGCUCCUGCCAUUGCUCCCGGCCCAUCACUGCUCUGUUAUAUCCUUCCCUUUUUGUAUUAUGUUUCUCUUCCUACUGCAAUGUUCUGGAUGGCAGUUACAGGAAAUAAGGUCCAAAGGAUAACUUUGACUAGUAACUAGUAAUAACCAAAGGGAGUGCGGGCGACAACGAUCGGCGGUCCAAACGCUUUUGCUGCAACGCUGUGAUUUGCGUAGUUUUUGAAAGAUGGUCAAAUCACGCGUGAUCAGAUUAAAGGACACAGAAGGUCGAAACGCGCGUGAUCAAAUUGCGUUUUGUACAUUUCAUUCAUUCCAAACGAAUGCUGGCUACAUACAAGCGACGCAUGGGUAAUAACAACCUGGAGACUAAGAUUGCGGGCUUCUCUUGUCGCCCUCAACAAAUAUUUAAUGAGUUUCUCGCUGGAACACUUAACAUUAAGAUGUCACUUGUUUGAAGCAAACUUUCAGAUGGAUUUACAAAUGCAAAUAGAAGUGCUUUUGAGUUGCAAGAAGAAAUUAAAAUCACACUAAGGGAUUAUAAAAUGGUUGCCAAAACAGACCAGUGCAGUGUUUCACUGUAAUCGUCUUGUAACCUGCUAACAAUACUUUAUGCUAUUUACACCUUUUUAUCUUAUUUUCUUAGGAGCCAAAAAAAUGAUCCUAAUUCCAAUUUUGUACAGACCCUGUCAAAUUCCUUCAACACUGCGAUUCAUCACAUAUCUGGACUACACAACAGAACAUGCUAGGAAAUACUUCUGGAACAAACUUUUGGCUUCUCUUGGUUACAAGAGUAAUUCAACAAGCAAAGGUGAUUAA